GUACCCUCUUGCGAUGACUGCGACGUCUGCGACAUCGGUAGAACAUCGCGCGGAACGACAGAUGGCAGAAUGUCUCUGGUAAUGUUGCACGUGUUACGUUGCCACGGUUUGGCGAGACUCGUUAUUCCGUCGUUGCGAUUCGUAGCAACCGGCAGGCCGGUGUUGGUGAGACUCGCCGCGUUCACGAAACUUCGCCAAGACAUGUCGUACACGACCGUCGAGAGGGGUGCGCUCAACAGCACGGACUACAGGAUAUUUUUCAAAAAUGAUCAGGGUGUCCCAAUCUCGCCCAUGCAUGACAUUCCACUCUAUGCCAACGAAGACAACAAGACCAUGCACAUGAUUGUCGAAAUACCAAGAUGGACAAACGCCAAAAUGGAAAUAUGUCUUAAAGAGAGUUUGAAUCCAAUUAAGCAGGAUGUUAAGAAGGACAAAUUGAGAUUUGUCGCUAAUUGUUUCCCUCAUCAUGGCUACAUAUGGAAUUAUGGAGCUCUUCCCCAGACAUGGGAAAAUCCCGAUGUUUUGGAUGAAGCAACAGGCUGCAAAGGUGACAAUGAUCCUAUUGAUGUUCUUGAAAUAGGUUAUAGGGUUGCAAAACGAGGCGAGAUAUUAAAAGUGAAAGUUCUUGGAACAGUGGCACUUAUUGAUGAAGGUGAAACUGAUUGGAAGAUUAUUGUAAUUGAUGUUAACGAUCCAUUGGCAGAUCAAAUGAAUGAUGUAAGCGAUAUUGAAAAGCAUUAUCCAGGUUUAAUGAAAGCCACAAUCGAGUGGUUUAAGAUAUAUAAAAUUCCGGAUGGAAAACCAGAAAAUCAGUUUGCAUUUAAUAAUGAAGCAAAAACGCGAGAGUUUGCACUGCACAUUAUUGAUGAAGUGCAUCAACAUUGGCAAAAUUUGGUCAAACAGGAAGGUUCAUCUAACGAAAUAGACUGCUCUAAUGUAACGGUGGAAGGAAGUUCUUUCAAGAUUACUGCAGAAGCUGCACAAGAAAUUUUAGCGAAGGCACCUGAAUCAAUGGAACCUCAGGCUGUAGAACCGAUAGUCGAUAAGUGGCAUUACGUACAUCUUAAAUGAAGAUGGACAUCUUCGUUCUGUCAACUAUAUUGAAGUCAGCUACUCUGUUCAUUCAUAUUCAUAACAUGGAGUUCUUUUUCAUUUAUCAUUUUUAAUGUUUUCUCACAAUACAUCAUUUUUUUCCUAUUUCAUUUUACAUAAUUAUAAAUAGCAUUUCAACAAUUAGAUAUAUAUGCGGUGCUGCUGUUUUUAUUAUAGUUCUUUUACUCUUAAUUAAUAGAUACAUGAAAUAUAUUAUUUAAAACUGAAUAAUAUAAGAUACACUUUAUACGAGCACUUGUCUCUUCGGAUAUGCUCCGCAUAUAUAUCCUUGUUAUGAUAUUACAUCCAUAGCGGCACGACUAUGAAAGAAACAUAAUCUCAUUGUGGGUUGUGAUAUAGUUAUACAGUUCUAAGCAGAUGGAUUUUCUUAGAUUAAAAGAGCACGUAGAAUUUUCUCUUCAGUAUUUUUCCCAAUAUGGAGAUAACAAUAAACAAAUUGGCCUGAGUACA